AUGUUUAAAUUGUUGGUAGCUUUUGCCUUAACGGCACUUUCACUAGGCCAAUAUGUGCAUUCUCUAGUGUUUCGACACUAUCCUCAAAAUUUUAUACAAUUUGGUCCAUUAGUUAAUGGUCAACGUGUACAUAAUUUACAUUUAUGCACUUACAGUGACAUAUCCUUUGAAAAAUGCCUUCAUACUGUGAAUGUGGCUCGUAAUAAUUCAAUACCUUUGUCGUUAUACUGUGUUCGCAAGGAUACCAGGGAAAACUGUAUAAAUUCUGUAGAGAGUGGAAACUCAGAUAUGGUUGUUUUGAAUGCGCAUGGUUACAAGCCGGCCAGAAGUGCUGGCCUAACACCGCUGAUUUAUGCCAAAGAAGAUGAUAACAGUUUAUAUAUUGCUGUGGUUCCAAGGAAUAUAACAUUCAUCGGUGUCCAGGAGGCACCCAUUUACUUUGAUCAAUCCAAACAUCGUCCCUUCCAUGCCGCCACCUAUUUCAAUCUACGCAUGGGUCAUAACAUCUGUAAUUUCCUUAAUAAAGCCUCUUUGACAGAAUACAUUAAAAUAGUGGAUUCAGCCAAAUAUGUGCCAAGUGACGAUGAAAUUCUUAUUUGUCCCAAUCGUGUGCCAGAUGAAUUUGAAAACUUUAAAAACUGCAAUGUGGAAGCCGGCCUACAAAGAGCCGUAUUUGUCAGAUCAAAUUUGUCGUCGCAGCAAGAAAGCGCCAUACGUAAGGUAUUUGAAACAAUUUCACAACGUUUCGGAUUUAGCAGCGAAAAUUUCAAAUUCUUUGAUACAUUCCAAGGCCAAGACGAUGUGAUCUUUAAGAAAAAUACAAUAUCGCUAGAUUUAGCACCGACCUAUCGUAACGAUGUGGACGAAAAUAUGUUUAAUUAUUUACACUGUAACGAAGAUGAUCAACCCCAUGAUCCUCGAUUUUUAUUGUAA